AUGUCGCAAAAAUCGAAAGAGACCUUACAGGUCAAGCCUUUGCCCAGAAAAGGCCGCUCUCCAAGUCGCUCUCCGAGACCGAAGGAUCGCAAGAAAGUGCCGGCAGACAUAUCAAGCUAUGGAUCGGAGGGUGUCAAGGAUAACAAUAUAUUCCACCUUCCCACUUCGGACUAUAAGGCGCUCGUCUUGGUCACGCUUGUUGCUCUAGUUGUUCGUCUCUUCCGAAUCUAUCAGCCUUCUAGCGUCGUUUUCGAUGAAGUCCACUUUGGCGGCUUCGCGAGCAAAUAUAUAAAAGGCAGAUUUUUCAUGGAUGUGCACCCUCCUCUCGCCAAACUGCUCAUCACACUUGCUGGCUGGCUGGCUGGUUUUGAUGGUAAUUUUGACUUCAAGGACAUCGGCAAGGAUUAUCUUGAGCCUGGAGUCCCAUAUGUUGCUAUGCGCUUGCUUCCAGCCGUAUUGGGUGUCCUUACUGUUCCUUUGAUGUUUCUGACCCUGAAAGCGAGCGGUUGCCGAACUAUAACUGCUGUCCUCGGGGCCGGAGUCGUAAUCUUUGAAAAUGGUCUAAUCACUCAAUCCCGUCUAAUCCUAUUGGACUCGCCGUUGGUCUUCUUCACAGCGCUCACGGCGCUGGCGUUUACUAGUUUUACAAACCAGCAGGAGCUUGGGCCUUCUCAUGCCUUCCGUGGACCCUGGUGGUUCUGGUUGGCAGCAACGGGUCUAUCCCUGGGCGCCACAUUGAGCGUUAAAUGGGUCGGGCUUUUCACAGUCGCGUGGGUCGGUUCUCUCACUGUCCUGCAGCUGUGGGUGCUUUGGGGCGACGCCCAGAACGUCACACCGCGCUUAUGGUUCAAACACUUCUUUGCCCGGGUUUUCUGUCUCAUCAUCAUUCCCCUUGGCUUUUACUGUGGAAUGUUCGCAAUUCAUUUUCUAUGCUUGGUCAACCCGGGAGACGGAGAUGGAUUCAUGUCCUCGGAAUUCCAGGCCACAUUAAACUCCAAGGGAAUGCAAGAUGUUCCUGCAGACGUUGUUUUCGGUUCGCGUGUGAGCAUUCGUCACCUGAACACCCAGGGUGGCUACCUUCACUCCCAUGCCCAUAUGUAUCCCACAGGAAGCAAACAGCAGCAGAUCACUCUCUAUCCUCACAAAGACGAGAACAAUGUCUUCAUCCUUGAGAACCAGACCCAGCCCCUUGGUCCCUUUGGACAAGUGGAGGGCCCUUACGCUUGGGACAAUAUUACUACCGAGUACAUCCAGGAUGGUGCGGUGGUAAGACUCUACCAUGCGAUAACACAUAGGAGACUUCACUCGCACGACGAGCGACCUCCUGUGACAGACGUCGACUGGCAAUUUGAAGUGUCUGCGUAUGGGUAUGAGGGGUUCCCAGGAGACGCAAACGAUCUCUUCCGUGUUGAGAUUGUCAAGUCGAAGUCCGACGGCGAGGAAGCGAAGAAAAGGUUAAGAACCAUCGAAUCUAAAUUUCGGCUUGUCCAUGUCAUGACUGGCUGCGUUCUAUUCUCUCACAAGGUGAAACUUCCUGAGUGGGGUUUCGAUCAGCAGGAAGUGACUUGCGCCAGAGGAGGCACCCUGCCGAACAGUCUUUGGUACAUCGAGUCAAACCACCAUCCGAUGUUACCUGAAGAUGCAGAAAAGGUCAAUUACCGAAACCCUGGGUUCUUUGGGAAGUUCUGGGAGCUCCAGAAAGUCAUGUGGACUACAAAUGCUGGGCUGACCGAGUCUCAUGCCUGGGAUUCUCGUCCACCAUCGUGGCCAACAUUGCUCAGGGGCAUCAAUUUCUGGGGUCGUGAUCACCGUCAGAUUUAUCUCCUCGGCAACCCCUUCAUCUGGUGGUCGUCGACUGCCGCCAUUGUCAUCUAUAUUGUCUUUAAGGGCAUCGCCGUUAUCCGUUGGCAACGCAGUUGUGGUGAUUAUCGCAACGUCAACUUCAAGCGAUUUGAUUAUGAAGUCGGUACGAGCGUGCUUGGCUGGGCUUUCCACUACUUCCCCUUUUAUCUCAUGGCUCGGCAGCUCUUUCUACAUCAUUACUUCCCGGCCCUCUACUUCGCCCUCAUGGCGCUGUGCCAGGAGUUCGAUUUUAUCGCCAAUCGCUUCAAGGCCUUCGGUCUGUCAGCGAGGCCUAUUAUUGGCAAAGGAUUGGUCGCAGUCUUUCUGGCUCUCAGCAUCUUCACCUUCACUCUUUACUCCCCAUUAGUCUAUGGCAAUCCUUGGACGCAAGAUGCUUGCAAGAAGGUCAAACUCUUUAGCACUUGGGAUUUUGAUUGCAACACAUUUUACACUGACCUUGGUCAAUAUGUUACUCAGUUUGUCAAUGCGAACCCAAUUGCAUCCUCAACGCCCUCCGCACAGGUAACCCCAGUUCCAGGAUUGCCUGUCCAAGAUUUACCCGUUCAGGAACCGCCGGUGGCACCGCCCCAGCAGCAUCAGCAGGAGGUUCACAAGGAGGCUCAGGAGGCAAGCGUGACUUCCCAGGCCCAACAGCCUCGCGGAACAAUGGCGCGAGUGGAGUACCGUGAUCAGCAUGGCAAUGUUCUUGAUGAGGCGCUCGUCGCAUCUCUUGCCAAGGAAGGCAAGGUUUCUUUUGAAACCCGGCACGAAACUCGGACUCUCCUUGAACAUGCCCAUGAAGUAGAGAUGAUAGACGGUAAAGUUGCACCGCCACACCCAGAUGUGGAGGGGCAAAAUCCUGAGACUGUCAAGAACCAGGAACAGCAGGCUGCAGGAGACAGCCCAGCUUCGGCUGCUGUGGGUGAGAGCUCAGUCGAGGAACCAAGUUCCCCUGAGCCAAAGCCGGCUAGCGAAGCAAAUGAGGCAACUCAGAAUUAA